GGCAUUCGGAUGUAUUGGAAUUCUAUCGUCUAAAGAGAUUUAAUGGAGAUAAAGCAGAGGACGAACCAGGGAGGCCACAGCCUCUCUUCAUCCACCUGCUGCUUGCUUCAUUCAUAUAUGGCACUUCCAAAAGUAGAUUUGUAGCCCUUCGCUACUCCCGGCUGCUUUUUCUCUCACUCUGUAACCCAGGGUUUCCGACUUCACUUCACCUCAUCUCACCUCACCUGAGCUGAGCUGAAACAGAGAAGCAGACGGCCGGCCCUUAAAUACCUAUCCCUCCUUCGUAGGUCCCCUCCCCCGGCAAAUAAUCACCACCAUUUCUGCACAGGUAUGAUGUCAUCUACCCUGGUGGAGACUGUUUCAAUCAACUAUGAAGACUUCAACGAUAGUUUUCUGACAUGCGGCACAUGUCUCUGCAUUUACGACAGCGCCGAGCAUUCUCCUAAGCUGCUGCCUUGCUCGCACACGGUAUGCAAGAGUUGCUUGGUGAGCAUUGUUGAAGCUCAAGUCCACGACACCGGAACGUUUCGUUGUCCAAUCUGCCGAGAAACCAUCAACAUCCCACGAGGUGGGGUGACUUCUUUUCCACCCAGUUUUAUCGUCAACCAACUUUUGGAUCUAAUGUCUCAGCAGCGCCGAGAUGUCAUCCCAAAAUGUUCCAAUCAUCCCUCCCAAGAGUUGUUAUUUUGUGAAACCUGUGAUACGGUAUUUUGCACUCUAUGCACCGGAGGCGAGCAUUACGGCAAGGGGGCCAGUGAACACACGGUGAUACCUUUUUCUAUAGCAAUAAAACGUAUGUCAGAGAUUCUCUUGUACAAGGCCCAGUUGUGCAUUGGGAACCUGACAACAGCUUAUGAUAAUGUAUCUGGUGAAAUGCUCCGCCUUGAAAAUAGUGUUGAAAGAGCCAUAGAGACUAUUAAUCGUACUUUCCAGGAUCUUAUUAAUCUAAUUGACAAAAGACGGCAUGAAGUUCUCCAAAAAGUUCGCAAGAUUCGAGAACAUAAAAAGGGAGAUCUCAAGGAACAAUUAGAUCUGAUUCAGGCAGAGAAAGAGAAAGUUCAGAAUGAAUGUGAUGGAUUACAGUACCAAGUUGAAGUUCGGAACAUCACAAAAAAGAUUGGAGAUUUAAAUGAGAAACUCGACGCUACCAGUACCUUAGGGGAGCCACGUGAAAACCACUUCAUUAAAUGCGAAUUCAAACAUAACACUGCAUACAAGGACAUAUCGAAUGCGCUUGCUAAUUUUGGUUGCAUUAAAGUAAGCACCACAUUUCCUGCACUCUCCACUGCAAAAAUUAACAAAGCCAUUACCCAUUUGCGCUCAACCAUCACAGUUGUUACUGUUGAUUACCAUGGUAACCCCCGAACUACAGGCUGCGAUCCAGUUGUUACGGAACUGCGUUCAGCUUCUGGUCAAUUAAUUGACACCAAAAUCCGUGACAAAGAUGACGGGACCUAUGAAAUAAGUUUUGUGCCGCCCAAAGCUGGUAAGCUGAAGUUGUGUAUCAGCAUCUUUGAUCGGCCCAUCAAAGACAGUCCAUAUGUAAUAGAUGUCUGUGACCAUAACAACCCAAUUUGGAAAUACGGAAGUCGGGGAACGGGCCUAGACAAUUUCAUACAACCGGUGCGUGUAGUAACAGACAAAGAAGGUUCCAUUUUUAUCUCAGAUACCGGUAAUAGUCGCAUCAAAGUUUUAAACAGCAAUGGGGUGUUGGAACGUCACAUAAGCUCUGAGGCGCUUGAGAGACAAAGUGGUAUCGGAGUGUGUGUCAGCCCAACUGGGAACCUCAUUACUGUAAACUGGCGCACUAAAAUGGUGUACACAUUAAGCAACGAGGGAGAAUUGCUCUCGAAAUUUACAUCGAGUCAUUUCCAGGAACCAAUUGAUGUGGCUGUAAAUAGCAAAGGCGACAUUAUCGUUGGUGAUAUGGGAGCAGCCAAAGUGUUGAUAUUUGACGCUGAAGGCAAUCUCCUUCAACAAUUCGGUAAAAAAGGAAGCAAAGAAGGAGAGUUUAAGUUAUUAACGUCAGUGUGUGUCGGUUGUAAUGAUCAGAUCCUUGUUUCAGACCAUCGGAUACAAAUCUUCGACAAAAACGGCAAGUUUCUGCGCCAGGUGAACAACACUGGCAAAGGACAAUAUGAAGGUAUAACUGUCGACCCAAAUGGCCUAAUCCUUGCUACAAAAACUGACAGAGGUAAAGGUGUUGUGCAGAUCUUCAGUUCCAAUGGAAAUUUCCAGUUUGCAAUUGACAGUUUUGAUGACAAGUUGAUGCGACCCAGUGGUCUGAUCACCACUCAAGAACAGUAUGUCUAUGUGGUUGAUUUGGGAAACAACUGUCUCAAAAAGUUCCGAUACAAGUGAAGAAAUUUACCUGUCAACUUGAUAGACCAGUGAAGUUUCUGUUAGGACCAUGUUCAUCGCCAUCACACCACCAAGUAGCCAGUCAAAUGGUAUUACACCAAAUUAACACCUCUCAGCUUUUUUAGCUGUUGGACCCACUUCCAUCCAAGCUAGACAUCUUUUUUUGUUUUUUUAAAAAAAUUUUUUUUUUAAUCUCCAAUCAAAGUAUAGUAUGGGAGGCAGAGCACUUCUGAUCUCAUUGCUGAUUGUUUCCCCCCUCCCUUUCCCCCACUACCACCACAUUUUUUUUUAUAUGUUUGUGUGUGGUUUUUGUAUUGGCAGAGCCAGUUCACCACCACUUCCUCCUUCUCCUCCUCCUCACCUCCACCACCACCACCAUAUACAUAAUCUAAUCUACUCAAACAUAUAAAAACAUUUGUUGCACCUGCAAGAUAUUCUACCUUUUUUUUUUUUUCCACCUAAUUAUUAUUUCCCAGUAAUUUAUUAUUACCUAUUUACAGAACAUCGUGCACGUGUGUUGGGCCCCCCUGGGGGUGGGGGUGGGUGGGGGUGCUUUCCAAGGGUGUGGGAGGGAGAUGAAUACAAAAAUUUCAAAAAUAAAAAAAAGGAAGACGAAAAAUAAUAAACGCAACAGUAAAGGAAAUCGACCCUUUUUUAUCAAGGGCCACAACAACAACAGUAACAACAAAUAUAUUAAUAAGUUUGAUGUUUGAUAAUUGUUAUAAAUAUGAUGAUGAUGAUGUCAGUGAUAGCUGUAAUGAUGAUGAUGAUGAUGAAGUGCGUUAUGAUAUCUACAACAACAAGUGCAACAUUGAUAACUGUUCUAAGGAUGAUGAUAAUGAUGAUAAUGUUGAUGAUGAUGGUCACGGAUACCAGCACUAACAAUAACAGCAACAACAACACAGUAGCUAUGAUAUAUUGUCCACAAGAACUGCAAGGAUGAAGAACACUGAUCUUGUCACAGAUGCUGCAUCUGUUUUUAUCAGCUUAGAAAAUUCUUCUUUUCUUGUGUUCCUGCAAUUCUUAAAACCAUCCUCCCCCUUUUAAUUCACACGUUGGAUACAGAAGAAGAAGGAGAAAAAGAUGAUGAUGCUGAAGCUACCGAAGAAAUAUUGUUAAAGAAAUAACAAAAGAAAAUACCUUUCCCCCACCCCCACCCCCUAAAAAGAAUUGAAAGUAUUUAGUUUGGGAAUGGCUGUAUAUAACAAAAUUAAUAAAUAAAUAACUAAUAAUAAUAAUGAUUAAAAAAAAAAGGAACAAAACCAAACAA